AUGACAUUGGGUGAGAAGUUGUCGGAUUUCUUGCUGGCGCUUCUGCCCAGCUUCUUCCACCAUUAUGUCGUUGACCUGCCAUACAAAUCAACUCGCAUCUCUCCUACCGCAUGGCUAGACGGCGCACGCGGAUGGGCAGCUUUCUUCGUUUUUCUUCGACACUUCGAAUUCGCCUACCACAGAAAGGGUGCCAUUGCAUACGGCACGGUCAAGGACCCGAAACACCCAAACGAGAAUCAUCACUUGCUCCAAUUACCGAUAAUUCGACUUCUGUAUAGCGGAGAGGCCAUGGUGACCAUCUUCUUCGUCAUCUCAGGCUACGCCUUGUCUCUCAAGGCUCUGAAAUUGACCAGAAAAUCAUCCCACGAGCAGCUGAUGCGGACCCUUGCCUCGUCAAUCUUGAGACGCCCAUUUCGACUAUACCUUCCUUGCCUUGUCUCGACACUUAUCGUUUUCUUCGCACUCCGCAUAGGCAUCUACGACGGGCCAAACUCCAUCGCAGGUCCCGAAGACACAUUCCGCAAGAUCUUCCUGGGUUGGGCCCAUGAUCCACAGCCUCUGAUAUUGCCUUCGUUCUGGGAGCAAGCAAAGGAUUGGGUAUACCAGACCGUGCGACUCUUCGACAUCUUCACACACAAACACUGGCCUGAUACCAGAUACGACGUACAUCUGUGGACCAUUCCUCAAGAGUUCCGAUGCUCCAUGGUCCUAUUUCUUACCAUCGCAGGACUGGCUCUCGUACGAACCAGGGUACGAAUGAUCGCUUUGGCUCUUUUCAUUGCCUGCGGCUUCCAAGCGGACGCGUGGGAAUUGAGCGCUUUCUGGAGCGGCGCUUUGAUCGCUGAGGCCAACCUCGUUCGUCAGGAAGAGAAGGACAGUCGUGUUAAGGUCGACCCUUUCUCCGACGAGGUUGAAGAGCCACGUAGUCCAUGGAGUGCCCUCGCCAUAUACUGCGGCUUUUCGUUGAGUCUCUUCUUGCUCUCGUACCCAUUCCAAGAAGCAAAGUCUGCUCCCGGCUACUCGACGCUGGCCAAACUCAUACCGCCUGGCUUGCGUAACGAAGAAGGCUACCGCUUCUGGCAUUGUAUUGGCGCCAUGAUCAUGAUUUACACCACUAGUCUCGAUGGCCUGCUUCAGUCUCUGUUCAACAAUAGCUUGAGCAGAUAUUUGGGAAACAUAUCUUUCGCUCUCUACUUGAUGCAUGGCUUCACGUUGAAAACCAUCGGUUACGUCUCUGUGUACGGAUUCUGGCAAUUCACAGGCAAGGAGACACCCUUCCAGUACGAAUCCGGAUUUGUGCUAGGGGGCUUGGUGGUGAUCCCCCUUACUAUUUGGGCCGCCGACGUCUUCUGGAGAUUUGUCGACCUGCCUAUCGUGAGGUUCACAAGAUGGUUCGAGCAGUCGCUCCUACCUUAUGCGAACGAGUCUACUGGCGACCCAUUGUUGAUCGAGAAGUCGCCCAGAGAACACCAACCUUGA